GUUUUUGCAAAAGUAAUGAAUUGAUUGUUUGACUCUUUUAUGCAAUGAAUUAUUUGUCAAUUUUGGUUAAAUUGAGACCAAAUGGCAGACAUUUUUCAACCAUCAGUUCCUAUAAUAUCUUUGACUCGAAGACAAAACGACUUCAAAGAGAGAUUUCAAUGGAUUUGAAAGACAACCAAAAGUAUGAUUACCUGAAGGAUGAGAUCGCAUACCGAGUUGUGGACAGAGUUUACGACAUUAAGAGACACUUUCCACUUGUCGUCGAUUUCGGCUCUUAUAAGGGAUUAAUUGGCAAACAGUUGUCAAACGAAAUCAUUGAUUCUCUCAUUUGUUGCGAUUCUUCUCAUAAAUGUCUGGAGAGAAUGGAACCGAUCGAAGGAAUUAAUGUCAUAAAUGUUGUGAUUGAUGAGGAGGAAGGACUACCAUUUAGAGACAAUACCAUUGAUUUAGUCAUAAGUAGUUUAAGUCUUCAUUGGAUUAACAAUUUGCCCAAAGCUUUCGCGCAAAUCUUGCGAUGCCUUAAAAAGGACGGCGUUUUCAUUGGCGCGAUGUUUGGCGGACAGACUCUCUUCGAGUUGCGAUCCUCUCUGCAAAUGGCAGAACAGGAACGCGAGGGAGGCUUUGGUCUACACGUCUCGCCAUUCAUCACCGCUCAAGACAUGGGAUCACUCCUGAGUCGCGCCGGAUUCUCAUUGAUUACUUUAGACACGGAUGAGAUAAAAGUGAAUUAUCCGACAAUUUUUGAAUUAAUGCAUGAUUUGAAAGGAAUGGCAGAAAACAAUGCAUUAUUGCAGAGGAAAAGUAGUUUACAUAGAGAUUCACUGUUGUCUUCGGCCGCUAUCUAUCACUCCCUAUACGGCAAUACUGACGGCACAAUUCCGGCCACUUUUCAAGUAUUUUAUUUGAUUGGUUGGAAACCCGAUGCCUCACAUCGACAGCCACUCGAAAGAGGUUCGCAACAGUUCUCACUCAAAGAUAUACCAAAUUUGGAUCAAAUCAUCAAAGAG